CAUACUACCAGAGUAGGCAUUUUCUUUUUGAGGGUAUAUAAACUUUAUCGGCUGCUGUUGUCAGCAAAGGGGUUCUGUUUUUAAAAAGGACGACACCAGAUAAUGGGGAAUUUAGUAUUGGGCUGCAGACUCUCCCCAGAUGUAUAUAGCAAUUUAAGUACAAGGUAGUAGGGAUAUAUCCAUAGCUUUAGUGUUUUGUGAGAUGGCCUCUGCUUUGGUUCCAGGUUUUAUGUUAAAUGAAAGAUGUACGUACUUUGUUUUUGAUGAAAAGCAGAGAUGAUCAAACAUUUGCUAGAACUAACCAGUUUAGUCGUAAUCCAAUGAAGCUAGAUGUCAAAAUUUUUAUUUUGUAUUUGUCUUGUCAAAUACUGAAUUACCGUGUAACUUUAGAUGCUGUUUUGACAUUAACCCCUUUGGAGCUGGGAGUUGGGAUUUCCCAACAUUAAACGUGAACACAUUUCGCAGAAGCUUUUAGCAUCGGAUUAUCUGGACAUUCACACCUAGUGUGAGUGUUGUGACUAAGUGAACUUGUGGCAGAAGACCAAGCUUUAAGGGAUUGUGGACUUGCAGACCCUGACGCAUUAUAUUGUGUGAGUAGUGUAUAAUUUUAAAACUUAAACAAAUUGUGUAUUUCAAUAGAGGAGGACUUUUUGUUUUUUAAAUGUAGCUCUUUUAGAAAACGAUGAAAAGGAUGAAGAGGAUAUGUCUCUGGAUUCAGGGGAUGAAAUCUCACAAAUAGAAGUAUGCAGCAAUUUUCAUUCAGAAAUAUUGGCGAAAGAGACCAAAGGAUCACGUGGAACAGAUCAAAAUAAGAAUAUUCAAAUUGAGUUGCAGUCGUCUCUUGACGUGCAAAAAAGUUUAUUAGAAGAUAAGACUUAUCAAAUUGAUUCUGAAGAGAGCGCUUCUGUUGCUAUAGUAUGCUCUGAAGGGGAGAACAGCAGUGCAACUGAACAAGAUUCAUAUAGCAACUUUCAGGUUUAUCACAGUCAAUUAAAUAUGUCCCAUCAGUUUAGUCAUUUUAAUGUUCUCACGCAUCAGACAUUUUUGGGGACACCAUAUGCCCUUUCAUCAAGUCAGUCUCAAGAAAGUGAAAAUUACUUUUUAUCUGCUUACACUCAAAGCUUGGAUAGAGCUAAAUCUCCAUCUCCAUUAAGUUGGGGGAAAAGUGAUUCUUCCAAGCCCUUUUCAAAAGAGAAAUAAUUAUAGUAAGCUUUUUUUUUGAAAUAGGUUGUUACGAACUUUUUCUGUUAUAAGUGAAUUAACAAUUUAUAUUUCAUUCUCUAAACAAAACGUUUCUUGUCCUUCCUCAAUGUUUUUUUUCCUCUUAUUUAAAUCAUGAUGGCCUGUAACAGUUGAAGCAUCUGAAAAUUGAAAUAAAUAUAUAUAUUUUUAACAUAU